CGUGACAUUGCUUGUUUGAACACGCAUUGUGUUGAGCUAGGUCGACGUUACCGUGCAAUGACUGACCUCGUAACAUUCUGGGGAUGCGAACUGAAAGGUUCUACAAAAGAGGCCACGUGGGCUCCCGGCAGAGGCGAAGAUACUCAAUUGGACGACGGCGAUGAAGUUAUGCUGUCAUUAAGUCAGGCCUGUGUUGGUGUCUCAGCAAAGGAGACGGAGUGGAAUGUUGUAGAUGUUGCGACGAAAGACCGCAGUGGUGAAGAUGUGCAGCACACAAUAGUUCAACUGAAGCGUAGCGCCUUUCCGCACUGUCCACUGAGCAUUCUUCUCACAUCAGAGGCUACAUUCAAACUUGUUCAAGGAAAUGGACCAGUCCAUAUUACUGGCGAAGAAAGAAUCAGCUUUGAUGCUCGGGGUUUGGAAGUUGAUGAUGAAUCAGAUGAAGAAGAGAUGGAGACAUUUGUAAUAAAGGACCAAAAUGUCGUAGAUGGUACGAAGAAUAAAAACAAUCUAUCUGCUGCUGCAACCUACAAAGCAAGUCCAGGAAAGGAUUCUAAACCUACUAAACAGCUUCCAACAAAGUAUGGUACAGUGAUGAAGGAUAAUCUCAUUUCUAAUGAAGCUGAAGAAGAUGACGAUGACAGUGAUGAAGAGGAAGCUUCUGGAGAUGAAGGCUCGGGUGAGGAUAGUGAUGAAGAAGAUAGCGAUGACAAUAAUGACGACGACGAGGAAAAGAUAGAAGCACCACCAAUGAAGAAGAAGAAAACGAGUAGUCAAGCAGAAUCUGCAUUGAAAGGAAGUCCACUUCUAGCUAAAAAGAAACACCCAGAUGCAGCAAGUCAGACGGGUAAAGCUAAACAACAAGGAUCUGCCAAGACUCCAACUGGUUCUGGUCAGACUGAAAUACAGAAAUUGAAAGAAAAGUUGUUGCAGUCUCCUCAAGUUCCCAAGAAGAAAGAUAAGUUCUACAACUUUCUGAAACAUACACACAAGCUGCAAGAUAUUAAGACCCAGAAUGAAGUUUGGGGUUGGUGGCAGCAGCAAAAAAAGACAAAACCGUGAGCAGUAAAGGAAUCACUGUUGAGUUAUUGUAGUGACUUGUAAGCGAAACAUUAGUGGUAAAAUUUAAUGCUGCUUUUUAACUACCAAACAAAAAUGGCAAUGGGAACAGAAAAGAACUGGUCA